AUGACAUCUAAAGAUCAAAGUUCUCAUACCUUGACUGAGCAAGAUAGGAAUCCACCUUACCAUGUUAAGGGUAAAAGGCAGAGAAUGAAAAAUAUUAAUAGAAUCUCUUGCUUCACUUGCCGGGAAAAGGGACAUGUGGCAAGUAUAUGUCCUCAGAAGGGUAAAUCAAGUAGAUCAAGACAUUCUAAUUAUUCAAGUGACAGAUAUGUCGAAGAUGUGGAUGUUCAGUUGAGAAAUAAUAAAGGUAAACAUGUUGAAGAUAGGUCAACGAGUGUUUCACCUAAAAAGCUUUCUCAAAGUGACUCACCCGAACGGAGUGGUUCACCUCGAAAUAGUCGAAUUAGUACUUCAAAUCCAACAUUUACAAGGGAUUAUAAGAAGAAAUACUUUGAAGAUCAUACUUCUAGAAAUACCUCAAGUAAUGUUGCUAAGGAGCAUGGAAAGCCAAGAAGUGUAUCUACAACGAAACCUUCAAAUGGUGGCCAAGCUCAUAACAAGACUCAAAAGAGGAAUUCCACUCCAAAAUGA